CAUCUUUUGCUCCCAUUCCUCCAUUUUUCCCAAAUGUCUGGCUGGGACAACAACCCGUUCGGCGAGAAGCAAAGCACUCCAUUCGACGACCCUUCUGUGGCGCAAGCAUCCACGGGCGGCGGCGCCGAGGACGAGUACACGCGCUGGGCCGAGCAGCAGGCUCACCUCUUCCAACCGUCCGCCGCUGCGCUGUCCAAGUCCCAAGAGGCAGCCCAGGACUCGUACUACAAGGCCCCGACUGCUGCUGCACCACCCCGUCCUGCUCCUCCGCGCCCUUCUGCUCCCACCAAGAACGCGUAUGCCGAUGCCCCCGUGUCGUCACCUCGUCAAACCGCUUCUCCGUCGAGCAGCAGCUACGCAACGCCGUCCCAUUCGAGCGACUUUGCUUCAAAGGAGGCGGCAUUGCGCGCCCGCGAAGAGGCCCUUGUAGCGCGCGAGGCGCAGUUGGCCGACCGCGAGCGUGCGUUGGACGAGAGCGGCCUGCAUCCCCCGAACUGGCCGGCAUUCCCCAAGUGGUGCAUCUUCCCGUUCAAGCCACUCAUCUACCACAGCAUUGACGAUGAAAUCCCCGCUGCCCAGCGAGUGCUCAUCAAGCGCCUGUUCCGCGACUGGAUUUUCACCUGCUUCUGCUGGGUGAUCAACUGCAUUGCCGCGUUUUCUGCGCUGGUCGGCUGCGGUGACUGCAGCGACACUGGCACGAGCUUUGCCGUCGCCCUCAUUUUCAUGUUCGUCUUCAUUCCCGGCGCCUUUGUCUGCUGGUACCGCGUCAUCUACAAGGGCCUCGUCAAUGACAAGACGUUCAGCUACUUGAAGUUCUUCUUUGUGUUUGGCUUCCAAGUUGGCUGCAACAUUCUCUUUGCGAUUGGCAUUCCCGGCACCGGAGCAAGCGGUUUCAUUGUGGCAUUCAGCGCCUUCAGCGAAAACACCGCAGUGGCCAUCAUCCUGCUGGUCUCUGCCGUGUUCUGGGCAAUCAACUCGGUCGUUUCGCUCUUUUUGCUCAAGCAAGUGUUCAACUUGUACCGCGGAAGCGGCAAGACUGUGGCUGACGCUCAGGCCGAGGUCAUCACCUCCGCCGCUGCCAACCCCACCAUUCGUGAGGGCGUCAAGGAUUCAAUCCUCCGCAACGCAGUGUAAACAUUUGGUUUUUUUAAUGGUUGAUGAGCACAAAACAAGAGCUCCCUUUUUCUGUGGUGUGGAAAUUAAAAAGUUGUGAUUUGUUGACGCUGAGCCCAGUUCUGCAAUGGUUUAGUUGUUGUUUUGUCC